UAGCCGCUGGACGUGCACAGGGUGUCGGAGGUGGGGGCAGGGGCAACUAAUAGACUUCCCUCUCUAUCUCCCAUCCAUGGGUGGCUGGGACAAUUAACAGAUCCCCCUCUAUCCCCAUCAUAGGGGGCAAUUAACUGACCCCUGUACCAUGGAGAGCAGGGGUAAUUAACAGACUCCUCUCUACUCCCCAUCCAUGUGGGGCAGGGGCAAUUAAAAAGACCACUGGGCCCCUCUGUCCCCCCAUCAUAGAGGACAGGGGCAAUUAACAGAUAACCGCUCCCAUCCCCUUCAUGGGGGCGGGUACAGUUAACAGACUCCCUCUUCUCUGAACAGAAGCAAAAUCAGCCCAUAGAGAAGAAAAACCCUCCCCCCGCCUCAGUGCCCUGCUCCCCACCAGGAGCCCCCCGUCCCGUCAGGGCCUGUGCGAUCCCCAGCAGCAGCAGGACCCUGGCCUCAGGGAUUCCCCCGCGGGCGGGGCGAGUUGCAGAGGGAUCCUGCUGCAGCUGGGGCAGCGCUGCGGCGCUAUUUAAAGGGCUCCGGGGACAGGCGAGCCCCGCUCAGCGCCCUACAGGAUGUUGCCAGUUACCAGCAACCGGGAGCCCCGCGCUCCCUUCAAGCAGCGGAAAUGCUUCGCUACCAGAAAACGCGAAGUGGCCGGGGUCCGCUCCAAGUUCCCCAGCAAACUCCCGGUGAUCCUGGAGCGGUACCCCAAGGAGAAGGUGCUGCCAGCAUUGGAUAGGACCAAGUUCCUGGUCCCUCAGGAGCUGACAAUGGGGCAGUUUGUGACCAUUAUCCGGAACAGGAUGGCCCUCAGCUCCACCCAGUCGUUCUACUUGCUGGUGGAUGGUAGCCGGAGCCUGGUCAGCAUGUCGCUCACCAUGGCUGAAGUGUACACACUAAAUCAAGAUGAGGAUGGGUUCCUCUACAUGACCUACGCCUCCCAGGAGAUGUUUGGUUAAGGCCGCUGGUUGCCUCAGACCCCAGCUCUUCUGAGAGGACCCAUUGUUGCCCACUCAAAUGUUGCUGCUUGGUAAACGGUGUCAUCCCACCCCCUCUGGUCAGAGUAGGAAUGAUAUUCCUACCUGGCCAGUGGGGCAUCUACCCUGGUGUGGUGAGACACCAAGGAACCUGCCCAUUUCCUCCCUUCCCCAAGUGGGUGACUGGAUAGCCUUGCUCCAAAAGGAAAGAUCUGACUCCAGACUGAGGGCCCCCCCUUUAGCCAAGAGCAAGUGCCUUUACCCUGUGUCAUGUGGUGCCCAUGGGAUGGUCCUUUCUGUGUUGUGGGGAUAGUCACACCUGCCAGCCUCUUGCACAGGUGCCAGUGUGAUUUAUCCCCACCCCCCAUUGUGAGACCAAUAGGACUCCAUUGCUCAAGGGCUAGUGUUAUAGGACACUGCUUGGUGCUGGCUCAGAGUUCCUGCUGUACCACCUGGGUCUGGUAAAGCCCAGCCUGUUCCUUCUGAUCUUGGGAUAGAACUCACAUGGUGGUAGCUUUUGGAAUAAAAGGAAGUAAACUUA